CUGUUCAGUCACUCAGUAACUCAGUAAGGUUGAGUGGAAUACCACUGGAAAAGAGAAGAUGUCUUUUAUAAAAGUAGAUGCAACUUCUGACUUCUCCUACCACAACCUCCCUUAUGGAAUAUUCUCCACACCUGAUAAUCCCAGGCAUCGUAUUGGUGUUGCCAUUGGAGACCAGAUACUGGACCUCAGUGUGAUAAGGUCUUUGUUUCAAGGACCUGUGAUGUCCAAACAUCAGGAUGUCUUUGACCAGCCCACUAUGAAUGCUUUCAUGGCUCUCGGGUAUGAGGCCUGGAGGGAGGUCAGGAGGACCUUGCAAAUGUUGCUGUCAGCCAAUGAGAGCACACUGAGAGAUGACGUCAGCCUUCGGAGCAGAGCAUUUGUCCAUCAGAGUGCAGCCACCAUGCACCUUCCUGCAGACAUCGGCGAUUACACAGACUUCUACUCCUCCAGAGAUCACGCCACCAACGUUGGCAUUAUGUUCCGCGGGAAGGAGAACGCGCUGAUGCCAAACUGGCUGAGGCUUCCGGUGGGAUACCACGGCAGAGCUUCAUCAGUGGUUGUUUCUGGGACCCCCAUCCGCCGCCCCUCAGGCCAGAUGAGACCUGACCAGAUGAAACCUCCGGUGUUUGGCCCGUCUAAACAGUUGGACAUUGAGCUGGAGAUGGCCUUCUUUGUUGGAGGAGGGAAUAAGCUGGGGGAGCCCAUUCCCAUCAACAAAGCCCAUGAACACAUCUUUGGCAUGGUCCUCAUGAACGACUGGAGUGCCAGGGACAUCCAGGCAUGGGAGUAUGUUCCUCUGGGUCCUUUCUUGGGGAAGAACUUCGGGACAACAAUAUCUCCUUGGGUGGUCUCCAUGGAGGCACUGCUACCCUUUGCAGAGCCCAACUCCAUCCAGGAUCCGGAGCCCCUCCCCUACCUGCAACACCAAGAUGCUUACACUUUCAACAUUAACCUGUUUGUGUCACUGAAAGGGCAAGGCAUGGCAGAGAUGGCAACCAUCUGCAAGUCAAACUUUAAGUACAUGUACUGGACCAUGAAGCAGCAGCUCACACAUCACACAGUCAACGGCUGCAACGUCAGACCAGGAGACCUGCUGGCCUCUGGUACUAUCAGUGGACCUGAUCCAGAGAGUUUCGGCUCCAUGCUGGAGCUGUCAUGGAGGGGCUCUAAGACCAUUGAUCUGGGAGGAGGAGAAACCAGAACCUUCCUUAAUGAUGGAGAUGAAGUCACCAUCACAGGUUACUGUCAAGGAGAAGGAUACAGGGUGGGCUUUGGACCCUGCAUGGCAACUGUCCUACCAGCCUUACAGCACUGAAACACAUACUGUUACUCAUGUGGGCAAGCUUUUGAGGAGCGUAAAUACUGGAAGACAUAAGCCUACACACCUACAAGACCUCACCCUGCUUUGAUGUUCGCUAUCCAUGAAUGAAAAUGACGUGGGUUGGAUAACAAAAUUAUUCUCCAAUUAAUCACAUUUUUUUAUAUGAAUGAUCAAAUAUCCGUUUUUAAAAUCCUCAGAUCCAUCUUUGCAUUUGUGCCUUUUCUCAAUAAUAAUGUUCAUCUGCUCUAAAUGCAGUGAAGUUAGUUAUGCAGUGAACGUUUGGUUACAGUUAGGUUACUUUGUGGACUGUGAGUCACCCUUAGUCACGACAGUCCCAUAAACAUGAAUGCAGUGAAUGUGAAUGUAUAUGGACCUGUCGCAGUUUACAGGACUGUCAUGACUCAGUAAGAUAAGCUGUUUGUCAUGUAGCAGACAUAGAGACUGUAUCUAUGAGAUGGACAGACUGAAAAGAGACAUACUGAUCAUAACUCUCGGUUUGUUCCUUAUUCAAGAGAUGUUAUCUCUGGCUAUUAGAUGUGACGCCGUGGAACUUGACUAAACUGUGUCUGGAUUCUGCUUUAUUUAGUCACUCACUAGUGAUCAUUAAAGUUGAUGUUUGAAUCUGUUACUGACAGUACAUGUGCAGUUGUAUGUGAAAGCAUUUUGUAAAAUGUGCAUAACGAUGAUGCCCUUGCAACUGAUGCAGGUUUUUUUUUAUUAUUGUUCUCAAUCAACUGUUUUGCACAUUUGGCCAAAAAAAUAUAGACGUGUCAUGUUUUAGUCAUGUUGCAUUUAUCAAAGAAAACAGCUACAGUUUUAUAACUGGAUACUGUGUUUACAGAUUAGCUAAUAAUGUGCAGUUUAUACUUACAUAUAUUCAAGGAAACAAUAGUGUUGCUCUCUUGUAAUGUAAAACAAAUAUGAAUUCCAAGGAUAAACUCUGAUGAAUCGACACUGGACUUUGUGAACUGAAAUUGAAUCAGUGUCGAUAUCCAGCUCAAAUAUAUCACCAACCAAUCCUCUCACUCAUUCAUUCACUCACUCUCACACACUCACACACACACACACACACACACACACACACACACACACACACACACACACAACACACACACACACACCUCUCUCUUAGAAUGACAUCUCUCUCUUGAAAUGACGUGUUUCCAGCUGUUGUUAAUAAUUGAAGAGCUUUUCUCAGAUUCAGUCUGUGUAGUCUCAGAGGUCUGUACAGUUGUAGCGACCUUGUUAUUGAAAGUCUCUGCAAUAUUCAUCCAGUGGAGGGAUUCUCCUACAUCACAUCACAGUGUUACUGCAGAACCAGGAUCAGUGUUAUUGAUGUUUUAUGUACGCUGGCUCCUGAUUUAUAAUGAAAUCAUCAAUUAUUAA